GUCACGCGCGUGCGCCCUCCGCGUGCCCUCAACGGCGCGGAGGACGUUAGCCCUUCGGCGUGGUGGUUUCCUUAGAGACAGAGUCGGCCCAGGUGGCGGCCACCAGGACACCAGCACGGGGAGACUCCUGGAGAAGUCAAGAUGCCGGCCAAGGACAAGAGGAAAGGCAAGAAGAAAGACAAAGACAAAGAACCGAAGAAAGUAGUCAAAGCAGAUGAGUCUGCAGUUGAACGAGCCAAAGCCAAUGCCUCUCUUUGGGAGGCUAGGCUGGAAGUCACAGAACUCUCUAGGGUUGAGUAUCGUGAUACUUCUCGAAGACUAGCUAAAUGCAAUGAAGACUUAAAGAAACAGCAAUAUAAACUGGAGAAAGACACAAUGUCUAUAUUAAGCUACUUGAAGAAGCAAGAUCAAGAGAAAGAUAAUAUGAUAGAAAAACUGAAGCAUCAAUUGGCUGAAACAAAGGAGAAAGCCAAGGAAGAGAAGGAGAAAUUGGAAGAAAAGUAUUCUAUGCAAGUCAAUGAGUUGGAGGGACAGUUUCAGCAAAAAGCCAAGGAAAUUGGUAUGAUUCAGACAGAGCUAAGGACAAUAAAACAAUUCCAGAAGAGAAAAAUACAAGUGGAAAAAGAAUUAGAAGAUCUGAAAGAAAAUUUAAGGAACUCGGAGAAGAACUAUCAGGAGACUCUUAGAAGACUAGAAAGCAGAUUUUUUGAAGAAAAGCACCGUCUGGAACAAGAGGCUGAGAAGAGGAUCAUGAUGCUGGCAGAGAGAGCCCACCAUGAGGCUGUGGUGCAGUUGAACACUGCUGGAAGAAAUGUUUUUAAAGAGAACGUUUAUCUUCACAAGGCGCUUUCAUACCACUUGAAGGAAGCUGAAGUUCAACAUAAAAAGUCCAAGAAGAUGGAAGAAAGUCAUUCCUGCCUUUUACAGCAAAAGGAAAUCAAUGAUCUGUUGGUUAAGGAAAAGAUUAUGCAGCUCACUCAGCAGAAAUCACAAAUCCAAACUCUUCAGAAGAAGGUGGUGAGCUUGGAGAACGCUCUGACUUACAUGACCACAGAGUUUGAGGCUGAAGUUUUGAAACUGCAGCAAAAGGCAAUCAUGGAGAACCAAGCAGGUUUGGUAGAGAUUGACAAGCUGCAGCAGCUUCUGCAGAUGAAGGACAGGGAGAUGAACCGAGUGAAGAGGCUGGCUAAGAACAUCCUGGAUGAGAGGACAGAAGUGGAACAGUUCUUCCUAGAUGCUCUCUAUGAAGUGAAGCAACAGAUUCUGUCCAGCAGGAAGCAUUAUAAGCAGAUAGCACAAGCCGCUUUCAAUUUAAAAAUGAGAACAGCGUGUGUGGGAAGAACAGAAUACCCCAGAAUCAGGACUUUUGAUGGCAAAGAACAAAGUACCAAUAGUGUGAAUCAGGAUCUCAUGGAGGCUGAAAAAUGGCCAAGUACUCAAAAUAAUGUGGAUAUUAGAGAUUUGACGUGGGAGCAAAAGGAAAAAGUCUUAAGAUUGCUCUUUGCAAAAAUGAAUGGUUUUGCUGCUAGGAAAUACAGUCAGAGUUCUAAGCCUCCUGUUCCAGACCAUAUUAGUUAUGACAAUGGAGAAAUGAAAGAAACUGGGGAUGAAAAUAACCUUCCAGAUCAAACCUUCAUCACCCAGCAAGCGCCAGUAUCAGACUCUGAUAUAAUAGUGCCACCUGGUGAUACUCCUCAAGGAUUACAGGACUCUGAGACAUGGCCUGAGAAAUGGAGCAGCACACCAGAUGACUCCAUAGCAGAUGCAAGCAGAACCUUGUUCAUGUAAUCUUGCUCUGAAUAUGUUCAAGACAGUUUCUCAAAGAAAAAAAAGUUACCUGUUUGCCAUAGAAAUUGGUGUCUCCCCUGAAGGAAGAUCGCGAGCCGGUGAAGGAGAACAUGGGCAAAGGCACUGGAAUGGGGACAUUCACGCCCACCUAAAGAGAACAGAUGGAGUCAGAGUCCACGAGUCCCCACAGGGCUCCGAGGCAGUGCCUGGAGAAGCACAGAGGCAACAGAGACAAAUUUUAUUUUUGUUUUGGUUUUUAGAUUUUGUUUGGUUUGGGGUUUUUUCUGGGGGUGGGGGGAAUAUCAAUUUUAAGUAGUCAUCUUGCACCUUGUGCUCCACCCUAAGAACUUUUUUUCCUGAGGAAGAGACGAAGAAUUGUGGGCAAUUAAAGGGGCAGUGUUCAAACAAACUGCAGUUGACUGAUCAUUGUUCAUCAUCUCUUCUUCAGAAAUAGCUGUAAGAAUCUCUAAAACUUCUAUUCACACACCUGUCCCACGUCCACCAUGUGAGCAUACUUCCGAGCUGUGGCUCCGUUGGUGGUAAAGAUGGCAGUUCCAUUUCCAUAUGGGUUGUCAUUUACAAUCUUAAUGGCUUCGUCCAGUGUUUCUGUCUCCAAAACCACAAGAACUGGACCAAAAAUCUCCUCUUUGUAACAAGUCAUACUUGGCUGUCAGGAGAGAUGGAGCCAGAAAAGAAGUCAGCUUUUUAAAUUGAGUAUUUUAUGCUUGUGGCAUUCGGAGUCACUACCCAUUGUCACCACAAGCUCCUUAUACACUAGUGAUCUUUGGUCUUUCUUUUUUCUGUCCAAAAGGUAGAAAUCAUUUGAUUCACCACCAUAUAAAUAACUUGGAAUUCUUUCAUUCUUUGCUUUUCAGUACUCUAUUUCAAGUUCAAGGCCCAGCACCAGCACCUACACAACUUGUUUCAUUACAAUUUUACUGAAGGUUGCAUGAAAAGUCAUCUUUAUGAAUCAAACAUAUAUCAAGUACACUAGAACUUUUCUAGAAACUUCUUGCUAAAUGCUCUGUAACAAAAAGAUCCACUCUAAUUCAUUCCUUUGUUUGUAAAUAAGUCUCCAGUUUUGAUAUUGGACCUUCUUAAACAUUCAAAACACCCUUUACCUCUGCACCUAGUCAGCUGUGUUUGUUGACAAUAAGUUUUCCUCUGCAGUUUGGGAGCAAAAAACUUCAACCCACGAUCUUUCAGGGGUAUGUAGUGAGGACACACAACAAAAAGCCUGCCUCAAUUAGUCGUGAAUGUUAGCUGGGAGACUGCCACACUUUGUUUGAUAAAUAAAAAUUCACACGUGA